UCGGAUCGUUCUCAAAGUCGCCUUUGAAAAAUUCUUUGGUUGUUUCAAGAAAUGCACCCUGAGUGGCAAGAGCGUCGAAGAGAAAUCGUUGGUUAGUGAACUAGAUAUGGAUUACUAUAAAGUUCUGGAUAUCCCAAGCGACUGUGACGCCAUGGUCAUCAAGCGCAAAUUUCAACACCUGGCACGAAUUCAUCAUCCAGAUAAGCUCCCUACCACUUUGUCGCAGGCUGAGAGAGCAGAAUCUCUUGAACACUUUCAGAAGAUAGAGGAGGCCUGGAGAGUGCUGAGCGAUGAGAAGCUGCGAAAUAAGUUUGAUGCUGAGCGAGCUCAGGGAAUGAAUCAGCAGAUGCCAAUCAGCGAAGAUGUGGACUUGGACACUAUGGAGUUUGAUGAAGAAGAGAAGACAUACUGGCAUGAAUGCCGCUGCAGUGGACGCUAUGAAGUGCUGGAAGAAGAGCUGGAGAAUGGAGUGACGCUUGUUGGCUGCACAAACUGUACACUAUGUAUACGUCUGCUCUACUCACUUGCACCAUCCUGAAGCAAUUCAGUGCCGACAUGAAUGCCAGGGGUGACACCAACUAGUCGAAUGUUCGACUGUUCUCUAAGCAUGUCGAACAGAACGAAUACAUGUAUUCGUAUUUCUGACGAACACAAACUCGUAAGGUCAGCAGCGCUCCGAAUCGCGACGUGCAGCGUCUCAAACACGAUUUGUCCGCACAGGCCAAGAAGGUCGAGUGAGACUCACUGGCUUUGACGGCAACACGGCGCGAACAGCUGGGCAAAGAGCUGAAGAAGCUGGUGGCCGCGUACUGUGGCGGGUGCACAGUGCUGCGUCUCUCCACUGAAGUGUGUCCCUGGCAGUCCGCAACGGUCUGCGGCAAGUACUGUUAUUGUUUUAUUUACGACACUGUUAUUACAUGUACUCGCAAUAACCAGUACUUUGAAGUACAAAGUUGCCUUGAAUUUAUUUCUAAGUAUUUAUCAGAAAAUUGAUUUACGCUUCAGUCAGGGGAUGGGACAAAUAAUUGUUUACUUUGUGCGAUAGUCCCAGUGGUUCUGAUACCGGCAACUCAUGGCAAAUACAUGUAUGUGGAUGUGACCCCAGUAUUCAUUUCCAGGCGAUGUUAUUAUACUGAAAUGGCCUUAAUUGACCUUGUAUCUGCCUGGAGAUAAAGGCUAAACGAGAGUCACAAUUGGACAAUGAAAUGGUGUACAGUGGUGUGCAGUGUUGUAUAUGGCAUGUGGCUGCUUGGAUAUUACUAUUUCUGUGGUUCGCACUUUCGAACUCGCCUAGCCGAGUUCGUUCACCCUUCAACACAAAUAAUUGAA